AUGGAAAAUCAACGAGAAAUUCAACCAGAUGUUUCCAUCGAGUGUGGAGAAUUCAAUAACCGUACAACAACAACAUCAACUUUUCUGACAAGAAUUGCUUCGUUUCUUGGAUUAAAACCAAAAGCUAAAUUGCCAAUUAAGCGUGUUUUAAUCAAUUUUGCUUUGAUUUUUAUUUUUGGUGCUUUGAUUGAAGCGUUCCUUCACAUUCUUGGGCCUUUCACUCGUGGAUUUUUUUGCGAUGAUAAUUCUAUUCGUUUGCCGUAUAAAACUGGAACAAUUCCUCUUUGGAUGUUGAUUCUUUAUUGUUUAUUGGUGACUAACUUAACGUUUAUUAUUGGCGAAUAUUGGCGUUUAGUUGAUCACAGAACAGCUUCAGAACAUUUGGUGAUUUAUGAACAUGGAGAAUCUUUUCGUGUUCGAUUGUUUAUCCGUUUGGUUUUCUUUCAAGGAUUUUUCUGCAUUGCUAUCCUUGCUACACUAAUUUUCACUUCACUGGCCAAGUUUUCUGUUGGACGACUUCGACCACAUUUUUUGGCAAUAUGUGACCCUCUAAUUAAUGGAAAGGAAAAAGAAGCUCAUUUUUGUUCUCUUCCAGAAAAUCAACAUUUUUAUGUUGAGAAUUAUACUUGUGGAAAUACUUCAAAUUCUUCUUUGAUUUUUGAGGGUCGUCUAAGUUUUUUCAGUGGACAUUCAAGUUUAUCAAUGUGCGCUGCUGUCUUCACUGCUCUUUAUUUACAUUGUCGAUUAAAACCUCUAAUUAAUUACGUUGUUGUAAUCCCUCUUUUACAAAUUUGUGUUCUUUCAACUGCCAUGUUCAUUGCUUAUACAAGAAUUAGGGAUAAUUUGCAUCAUUGGUCAGAUAUUUUUGUUGGGAUGGCAACAGGGUCAAGUGUGGCUACUUUUGGUCUAACUAUUGUUGGAUUUAAAUUAAAUACCCAUACUUUUGAAGAAUCUAUUUCAUUAAAAGAAGGAAGAAGAAAUGUUCCGUCUGGAUAG